AUGCAUGCGGCAUUGGGGUGCCUCGGCAUGCAAGUGCAUCUGGAAGUGACUGAAAAGGGUAACGCCCGUUGUGUCCCAUGCGCGGACGGGGCGACGAUUGCUUGGGCCACUCCGCCCUACGAUGGGGGAAACGUUAUUUGCCGUGACCACGCGCAGUUGUGCACGAUAUCUGCCAGCAGCGGUAGCCUACUUCCAGUGGUUCCGUGGGACGGCGAGGAGAGAGCAUGUGGAGCAGGACGGUUUCACCGGCAUCCACUGAACAAGGAUUGCCAGGGGGCUUCCGUCCCUGUUGCGGAGAGCAUUGAGACCGACCGCGGCACACCACCGAAGGAUGUCGACUUAGCUGCUCCUCAGGUGAAUCCGUCGCCAGAGGAGAAGUGGAUCCAGCCAGGAUGCCCCGACAGACCGCAAGAAGCUUCUCUCGGCGGCAGGGACCGAAGCAGCGAGACGGACGGCAGGCAGGACACGCCUCCGACUCCCGGUAAUGACACUGCUGCUGCUGCUUGUCCCUGUCCGCUGCUUCUUCUGCUUGCCUCUGCUGCCGCCGUGGCAACACUCUAUGGAUUUGCGGUGUGGAUGGCGUUGCGUUGCGAGGCGACUGAGCUUCCUCCUGCGUGGCCUGCACCCACCAUUGUAUGUCCAAUAGAAAAACAUCCAUUUCAAUGGGUGCCGUUCUCUAUAUGCAUGUGCUGUGUCCGCUCUGUUUGA